AAUGGCGGACGUUGGGGAGGAGAGCCUGGAAUCUCUGCUAAAUAAAGCCACAAACCCUGCCAAUCGGGAGGAAGACUGGGAGUUCAUCAUCAGUUUCUGUGACCAGGUCAACAAAGAGCUGGAAGGACCACAGAUAGCCAUCCGUUUACUGGCUCACAAAAUCCAGUCCCCUCAGGAGCGAGAGGCUCUGUAUGCCCUAUCAACAGUAGAAUCAUGUGUGAAGAAUUGUGGUCGUAGAUUUCAUCAGGAAGUUGGGAAGUUCAGAUUUCUAAAUGAAAUGAUCAAAGUUGUAUCACCAAAGUAUUUAGCUGACCGAACAACAGAAAAGGUGAAGAAGAGAUGCAUAGAAUUAAUUUACAGCUGGACAAAAGGUUUGCCGCAUGAAACCAAGAUACUGGAGGCAUACCAGAUGUUGAAGAACCAGGGAAUUGUCAAGGUGGACCCUACACAUGUAGACAAGACAAUAGAUCCACCUCCACCCCCAAGGCCCAGGAAUGCUCUUUUUGAGGAUGAGGAAAAAUCAAAGUUGCUGGCCAGGCUGUUGAAGAGUAAGCACCCUGAAGACUUGCAAGCAGCAAACAGGCUAAUAAAAAACAUGGUGAAACAGGAUGCAGAGAAAAUGGAAAAAGCCGCAAAGAGAAUCAACGAGUUAGAAACAAUAAAUAACAACGUGAAGGUGUUAGAAGACAUGCUGAAGGUGUAUAAUGCUGAGACAUCUCAAUCAGACAAGGAUAUGAUGAAGGAACUUUACGAUACUCUGGAGAAACACAGACCAAAUUUAUUUCGUUUGGCGAGUGAUGCAGAUGAAAAGGAUAGUGGUGGAAUCAGUGAUAUAUUGAAGUCUAAUGACAAUGUGAUGAAGGUGAUGGGCCAGUACAAGCGUCAGGUUGAAGGACUUCCCGCUGAGAAUGGAGCUAAUGAUUCAGCAGCUGACACUUUGCUGGACCUUACCUUUGACCCCUCAUCUCCCAGAAAAUCUAACCAAUCAGAAGGUAACAUGAGUGAUACUAGUAGUGCCAUCUUGAGUCAACAGCUGACUGCAAUGGGUUUAGAUAGUACCUCUGGGGCCUCUGCUAGUGCACCAGUAACAACGAACAACCAGAAAAACACUCUGACAGAGUUGUCAGAUUUGUUCGGGGGAGGAAUGCCCGGCCCAGCACAAGGUAGCCAGUCUAUGGCCCAAGGAGGUAUGGCACCUCAGGUUCCUGGUCCAUUCUCCCACCAUCCGCAGAUCAGUGCUGGCUUGUUCAGCCAGGCAGCUGUUCCCUCAGUAUUACCCCAGCCUGGUUCCACCCUGGGGGCUGCAGCAGCAGCUCCUCUGCAGAGGAGACCCAUGGAAGACCUGGAUGUUUUAGGGCAGGCUCUCUUGCAGCAGAACCUUCCCAAAGAACCACCCAUAAUCUCUUGCCCCGCCCCGCAGAAGUUAACACUAAAUCAGAUCCAAGCAAAAUCUCAGGGGCAGCCCCAGCAGGCAUCACCAUGGGGAGUGCCAUUAGCUGCUCAGCCGACAAACCCCAUGGGUCACAACCCUUCUGCCCCAGCCCCAGCCCCUUUACCAUUCCAGCAAACAAACGCCACAUCAGGCAGUCCUAGUCACACAGUAAACUCAAGACCAGAGGUGGCUCCAUUAACCGACAUCAUGGUGCCUCUAGAAACCAUACAACCAAGUGAGGUCCCCUCUCUAAAUGCAUAUGAUAAAAAUGGCAUAAAAAUAGUGUUUCACUUUGCAAAAGGUCGUCCGCGUGAGGAUGUGACUGUUGUAGUUGUGUCUGUCAUGAGCACGGCAGCAAGCCCCAUCAAAACAUUGACCUUCCAGGCAGCUGUGCCUAAGACGAUGAAGGUGAAGCUGCAGCCCCCCUCAGCCACGGACCUCCCAGCAUACAACCCCAUUCUCCCGCCUGCAGCCAUCACACAAGUCAUGCUGUUAGCCAACCCACAAAAGGAAAAAGUGCGAUUAAAAUUCAAGCUGACCUAUUCUCAGAAUGAUGAGAAUCUAUCAGAUAUAGGUGAUGUAGAAAAUUUCCCAACUCUGUGAACAGAUAUUUACUAGAGCAUCUGUGAUGGAAGGCCUGAGCUUGAUGGAAGGCCUGAGCUUGAUGGAUUACUCAUCUCAUCAACGUGAUAUGUGAACAGUGACAAGACCUUUUUGUUUCAUGUGUGAACAGGGACAAUACUUUCUUGUUUCAUGUGGGAAGGGGACAAACAUCGUUGUCAUUGCUGUGAUGUAUGAACGGCAAGGUUUUCUGGUAUUAACAUCAUUUCAUCACCACAAUGUGUGAAUGAUAAGACUUCAUUGUAUGAACCAUACUGGGUGAAUGUUACGUUUGGAAUCUUUGAACAAGGACAAAAACUGUGAACAUAUGGUCUGUACAAUUACAAGUAUUUGUAAUGGGAACAUGAUGGCAAUGAUGUGUGAUUGAAAGGCUUUUUUGUACAAACAUCAGCAUGAUGUGUAUACAGUGACAAGACCUUGCUGAGCAAACAUAAGAUUUUAGAAUGUUUGAACAAUGACAAAUAGUUUGUUUCACGCUCGGAGACCAUGGUUUGUGAACGUGAAUACAUUGUGGAAACAUGGGAGAACAAGGUUUGAACUUAUCAUGGACUGUGGGCAUAUUCUAGUGCUUGUGUGAGAUGUAAUAAGCUAGCUGUCAAUUCUUUUUAUACGAGUGUAAGAGAGAUUGAUACAGUAUGGAUGUUGCCUCGUUGCUUUGUGAGUGUGGGGCAUUUUUUUUGUUCUCCCAUUAUUUUCUUCCACUAAUCUAUUUAAACCAAAUGAAUUAGAAAAUGCUCUAAGUGAUAGCUCCUGACCAGUUGUUAUGGGAGUUAUUUGUUGGCUUGGUUUUGGCACAGUGGGGCUAAUUUUUGGCACAAUCAAUACUCAAAGUGGAACAGGAUGCUUGAUGAAGCCGUGAAUGUGGAGGGAUGGUGAAAAGGAGCUGUGUGGUGUACAAUCUGAUAACAUUCAGAGGCAUGCUGACAAUAUGUAGUUAUGUUCUUCAGUGGGAUAAAUUCCUCACCCGGUCACUUGGAAAGCUUUGUCUGCUUACUGACCCCUAAUAUUGCCAUAUACUGUCAAUGUUUAACAAACACCUAAUUUUGUGCCUGUGGUAAAUAGCCCUGUAUUUAUACACAUUCGGCGAAUCUCUGUUAGUGACACGAUUAUAUGUGUAUAUCUGUACCUCUGGGUAACUGGUCAUUGAUCAUUUAAUGUAUUUGUUACACCUGUCCAUCGGGUGACGACAGUAUAUCUACAUCCACGGUACCUCCGUAACUACUCACUGAUCAUUCAGUGAAUUUGUCACCCCUGUCCGUCGGGUGACGACAGUACGUGUACUUCCAUACUGGUCACUGAUCAUUUAGUGUAUUUGUCACACCUGUCCUUCAGGUGACGACAGUACAUGUACCUCCAUACUGGUCACUGAUCAUUCAGUGUAUUUGUCACACCUGUCCGUCAGGUGACGACAGUACAUGUACCUCCAUACCGGUCACUGAUCAUUCAGUGUAUUUGUCACACCUUGUCCAUCAGGUGACGACAGUACAUGUACCUCCAUACCGGUCACUGAUCAUUCAGUGUAUUUGUCACACCUUGUCCAUCAGGUGACGACAGUACAUGUACCUCCAUGGUUCUCAGUGUCUCAGAUGUACGCUGACACAUGUAAUGCAUGGAGCUACAAGUACAUGUAAGACCACCAUCUCUCCUGCUGCAUUUACCCACAACUAUGUGACCUUCGGGCCAUGAAGACGACUACCUUAGCGUAGAUAUCAGACUUGUCCAGGGAACGGCCUGUAAUCUGGAGGCCUGAAAUCCUAUCCCACAUGUACCUGUAUUUCAGUAUGUGUACUAUGUAUUGCCCAGAGGUUUCCUUCCCCCGUAUGAUUCUAUGAUACUCAUUUGCUGAAAGGAGAAAUGUCAUACUGCUCCACAUUCUUGUCACACAGUAUACUUAAAUAAUAAACUGAGACAGUGAUAAAGUCUUCUUCUGUACAGUUCUACUGUAAAAUAGGUAUUUAUACCUGAUUAGAGAGAAGUUGAAAGUAGUCAUAAUUCUUGAUGAUCUGUGUACGUAGCUGUAAAUAUACAGGGAUGUAUAACUGACAGAAUCUAAUGUUAUUAAAGGUACAGUAGUGCUGUUCUGAUUGGUAAUAAAUGUUGAUGUAAAUAC